AUGAAGUUGACUCACCAAAGCGUGUGUAAUUGGAUACCACCGAACGAACCGUCGCCUUCUCUCCUGUGCUCAGGCGUGCUGGUCCCUGAAAUAUCCCCGAGCUAAACACGCACAUUGGAACGGCCUCGAACUACAUACCUCAUUUUGGUUGAAACUUUCUUUCCAGUCUGGAGACCUAAAAACAGAGGAGCUAAUACGUUUUUGUCAACAUGAAGUUUUGUCUAUUAUCCGCUGUACUCCUCCUGGUGACCGGGGCAUUGACGCAGGAGGACGAAUUUGACCUGUUUGAUGCCCUUGAUGACAUAGAGCCAACGCCACCAAAACCGAAAGAGCAACCAAAAGCCCCAGCGAAUCCUAAUCCUGAUGAUGGACUGGACCUUUUUGAUGCCUUAGGACCAGAUGAACCAGAACCAGAGAAACCGAAGAAGCCUAAACCUAACCCUGGAGAUUCUGAUCGCUUUGGAUUUGACCUAGAAGAUGCUUUAAAACCAGACCCAAAUGCCAAACCGGACAAACCUGCAGUCAAUCCACCAAAGCAUGGUGGAGGUGGUGGUAACUUUGGUGAUAAAGACUUGUUUGAUGUAAGUGAUGGAGACUAUAAACCUGAGGGAGGCCGUUCAGGAGAUCCUGGCUAUAACUCUGAAGGUGGUGCGGAUCAGCCUCAAGAUCCAGACCUUCUGUGGCGACAAAUCCUGAAGAUGCUAAAUUGUAACAUGCCUGAGGAAAUCUUAAUGUGGAUGUCCAAUCUAAAAAAGAUCUUAAUACCACUCUUAGAGAGAGCCAUGGAGCUUGUGCAUGCUAUGCCCUGAUUGUACAAGGCUUUUUCAAGAUGAUUGACUUUUGGGUCUGACCCUUAUACCUUGUACCUUCUACUAAGGUCCUUGAAUCUGAUAUCGGUAUCGAAAGGAAGUCAAAUGGAAAUUAACUUUGUUGUACAUUCUGGAAGUAAUAUCUUGUUUCAUUCAGGAGGCUUGCCAAGCCUUUGGCUUUGUAGCCUUGAUCCAGAGAAUUCCGUCAGGACCUUGUCAGGGUUUUACCAGUUAGUUGUUACAAAUCUGUUACUUCCCUUCCCAGGAGAGGACCACAAUUCACCACUGAAAACAUGUCAUGAUGCUAGCAUUUCCAAUCAUUAUCAAAACCACUGUCAAAAUUGCCCCUUACAAACUGGCCAUCAAAGCUGACCUUUUCCCUCCUUUUUGCCAGCUAGCUGUCCAGUGUGUAAGGUACCAAUACGGGAUGGGGGAUUGAAGUUGACCUACGAAUUUGCGGUCUUCUGACAUGGUAGAGGCAUAACUGAUUUGAACUGGAGUUUGAAGUUGAACACCUGCGACUCACUGCUAGUGGUGGUAAAAGCAAUUGUUGCUGUCGCACUGACAUGCAGUGUGCCACACAUCUCAUUAACCAGGUGGCUAAAUUCAACUCUAAUGCUGGAAAUGCAGUGUGGUUGUCAUUCAGUUCUCAUUAAUAAAUUAGUUUUUUUAAAUUUUAAUCGCCUUACAAAAUAUAUUUGAAAACCAACUUUUCACUGCACAGACCAUUAUACCGUUGUUGGUAUCUGUAUCGGGAUGCAAACAAAGAAUCCCCCCCGCCCCCCAUUCCUAGUUUGAUCAAUCACACAAAUGGUACAUUUGGAAUGAUAUAUAUUAUAAAAUGGCUACAAUCAGUUGAAGUUGAAUAAUAUAGAAACAACAUUGAUUGGUUAUAUACAAUGUAGGUGUACAGUUAUUAAAAUUUAAGAUUCAUGGUAAAUUGUUGGUGCAUAAUGAUAAGACGUCUUGUGCUAUUGGUUUAUACCAUUGUGUCAAAUAUAUGAAUUGUUGUAUAAUUCCUGAUGAUCCAAAUACCAUGCACUUGCACGUUGGUGGGCCUGUCUUUGUAUUUGUAUUGAGUCUGCUGUUUAUGAUGUACUAUGAGUCGUGUCCUGUGUUUUGGCAAAUCCUUUUUAUGACAGAAUAAGUAAGGAAGAAAUCUUGUCUUUGUGGGUUUUUAUUACAAGAAAGAAAGGACUCUUUGCAAAGAGAGGAAAAGGUACAAGUAGUCACUAGUUGUUACCCCUUACUGAAGUGCAAGAAAAGAAUCACCUUCCUUAUACAGAAGUGAGAGACAGAGAAGAAGAAAAAAGAAAUACAUCCCUCUCAUUCCCAAUACAUUCUCACACAAUUAGCUUCGUCCAGCUGCACUCAAAGUUAUCUUCAUGGGAAUGGGUGCAUGCAGAGGAUGAGAACAAAAGCAAGUAGACAAAACAAUCGAAGUCAUAUGAGUACUGUGCUGACGAGGAGCUAUGGAACAAUAAAAUGUAAAGGCUAUAUAAAACUAAUAGAACUAUUAUUUGGUAUAUAUGAAACAUACAUUUUCCAACUCAACUGUAUGCAGCUAUGUUACAUGAAUAGACAAGAGAGAAAAAAAACACUAAUGACUGUUGUGGAUGCCAAUUUGUAAAUCGAAGUCGCGUGACAGGAUAUUAAAGCAAACUAGUUCCUUUGAGAUCAAUAAAGUCUCUACCAACUGCCAAUAAUAAAUACAGUUCUUAUUUUUUCUGUCACCACCUUUAUGUCAGGACACACCCUGCAUGCCCGAGCACAUUCUCAGAUGCCAACAAUAACAAUCUGUUCUUUGUUUUUCAAGUUGCAGUUAUCCAUGUGCCUUUGUUAGUUUUAACUUGCCCCUUUGUUUAAGAUUGGCAUACACUGCACGGGGGACGUCUCAGCUCAUGUAAUGUGGACGUCCCCCAACUUGAAGGUAGGGUGUUUGAUCCCCCCAGGUCCCACUCCUUCAACACACUUAAUGUUGCUGCAUCAUCAGUCAGGAUUAUUACAUUUACUAAAUGAAACCAAAUGACUACA